AUGGAGCCAAAAAUCAUCAAAGAAGAAUGGGUUAAGAUGCUUCAUGAAGAGCCAUAUGACCCAAUGAAUGAGAAGCUCGUGGCCAACCGAGCCCGAUGCAAGAAAGCAUGCGAAGACUUCAACAUCGCAGGACAGGUGACUCGUCGACGCAAGGUCGAGCUCUGGCGCGAAAUCCUCGGAAUCAAGACGAAGAAAGAUGCAGCUCUCUUUGACGAGACUUAUCCGUUUGUGGAGGGUCCGAUUUUCGUCAUCAAUGGAUUGAACCUCAAAGUUGGAGCUGGAACUCGUCUCGGCCUCAACAUGGUUAUUGAGGAUGCCAGCCCCAUUAAAAUCGGUCAGCGAGUCUCUAUUGAACCGAACGUGUCUCUGUUCGGUGAGAUUCGCCCGCUCGAUCCGGCCAUGCGUCAGGGUCCCAAUCGCCUCGUUGCUGGUCGGGGAAUCUAUAUCGGGGAUGAUGUGUUCAUUGCCGGUGGCGCAACCAUCCUGGGUGGAGUUACCAUUGGAAAGGGAAGUAUGGUUGGUACAGGCUCCGUGGUCGGUGGGGAUGUGCCUCCUUUCCACUUUGUUGCUGGUAACCUGGCUACGUUCAUGAAGAAAAUUCCGACUCAGAUGGACUCGGAGUAUGGCAACGAUCAAGGUGGUGGGAAAAAGAAGAAACCAAAGCAAGGCUCAACAAAGGACCCGAAGCAGGGCAAUGAGGCAGACGAUCGAGGCGGUAGAAAGGAUAAGCACCAGGGCCAGGGCCAGCGCAAGCGCGAGGGCAAGCGUGCAGAGCGCGCCCAGGGAACAAUGUUUGGUGAAUGA